AUGUUUCAUCACAAUAAGAACGGGAGGACAUAAAUGUACAGUUUGUCAAUGUGUUUAAAAUGAUAAAAUACGUAAAAAUAUAAUAAUUAGGAUGUGAAAUCAUGUUGGAAUGCCUGCCCCGGUGGAGCGCGGUACGCAACAAUAGUGCUCGUGACAUCGGAAAGAGAACACGAUUGUUUUUUGUUCUUCUGCCCCUCUUCUUGCUUCUGUGUGUACGAAGCAGUGAAUCGGGCGGAGUGUCGUUGGGAGCACAUCUUGUGUGCGCAAGAGUCGCCGGAUUAACAGAUAAGCAACGAGCAAUGUGCAGAUCUUCACCAGCCGCUAUAGCCGCUGUUGGAGACGGCUUAAGAAUGGCGUAUGCGGAGUGCCGGGAGCAACUCAGUGGGUACAGAUGGAACUGUUCAGGAGUUGGAGAUGGAAAUGACUUUGGACAUGUGAUGCCUUUAGCGACAAGGGAAGCAGCUUUCACAUACGCGAUAACAUCUGCGGGCGUGACGCACGCACUAAGCGCGGCGUGCGCGCGCGGCGACUUGCCAGCCUGCCACUGCAACUCUAACAGGAGAAGAAUGACAGGUCCAUCAGAGCAGUUCCAGUGGGGCGGGUGCGGAGAAGCAGCAUACGGUGCACGCUUUGCUCGCCGGUUCCUUGAUGCCCGCGAAUUGGAGUCUGAUGCAAGAAGCCUCAUGAACUUGCACAACAAUAGAGUCGGCAGGAAGGUGAGCGAGAUAGUAAAAGACCUAGUGCGUCGCGAGUGCAAAUGCCACGGCGUGUCCGGUUCAUGCGCGCUCCGGACGUGCUGGCGAGCACUGCCGCCAUUCCGGACGGUCGCCGCCGCGCUAAGGGAGCGAUACCACCGCGCUAAGAUGGUCACCCUCCACCCGCCGCCGGACACUAAUGCACCGCAUUCGCAUCUCGUUAUACGAAGGGCGCGACAGAACGCGGGCGUGGGCCGUCAGCCGCGCAAGUCUGAGCUUGUAUUCCUGGAGCCUUCGCCCUCGUACUGCGAGCCCGACACUGCGGCAGGCUCCUUCGGCACGCAUGGACGGCAUUGUAACAGGACUUCUAGAGGGGAAAACGGUUGUGAAACUUUAUGUUGCGGUCGCGGCUACAACACAAUACGCACUGUUGAGGAGACAAAAUGUCGGUGCCAGUUCCACUGGUGCUGCCGAGUUACCUGCGACAAAUGUAUCACUCGUACUGAAACUCAUGUUUGCAAAUAAAUAAAUGUUUCUUUGACUUUUUUUACGUCUUAUGAAUUUUACAGAUCAAAAAUAAUAAAUAACGCCAUCUAGCGAUCAAAAGCGUAACACGUUUAUAUACU